UGUUGACGGGUCUCAGAUGAAGAAUCUUUACCUAUAAUUGACCCAGACAAACUUUUUGCCCAGCAAUUCAUUCCGGACGCUGCCAUGGCAGCCACAGAGUCAUCAGCGACCUCGGUCGAGGCCACCAAACCGAUCCACAGCCUUGUUCUCGAUACCGGCCCGUUGAUCAAGAACGAUCCUCCUGCGAGCGUGCUCAUUGCCAGGGCCGAGAAGCUCUACACGCUUCCCAACAUCAUCAGCGAAAUCCGCGACGCCGCCACCCGGGCCCGAGUCGAAACGACGCUGCUGCCAUUCGUCACUCUGCGGUCGCCCAGACCCGAGAGCUUGAAGUUCAUCGCCGACUUUGCAAAGAAGACGGGCGACUAUGGAGUUCUCAGCAGGCCGGACAUGGAGGUGCUCGCGCUGGGAUAUGAGCUCGAGUGCGAGAGGAAUGGAGGCGACUGGAGGCUGAGGAAUACGCCGGGCCAGAAGGGCCUGAACGGCAGGCCACCGCAGGAGAAGCCCGCGACGGACGAGACAACAGAGGGACCAGUGCAGGGUGAUGAAACUCAGAAGCCUGCUGAAUCCGAGCAGGCUUCAGAAGGUGCCAAAGAGGAGGAGGCAGAUGUGCAGUCGGAGCCGCAAACAGAGGCGAACCUCAGCGACGACAUGGAGAGAUUGAAUCUCGAGGCCGCUGCCAAUGCCGACAAGCAAACAACAGAGCCGGGGACGACAGAAGCCGUCCAGGACUCGCCAGCUGUACAGCAACCCGAGGAGGCAUCAGAAGAAUCAGACGACGAGGGCUGGAUCACCCCCUCCAACCUCAAGAAGCAGCAAGCCAAAGACUCCGGUGCGGCCGGCACGAGCGCCAACGCUACUCCCAAAGUCCUGCAGGCUGCCAUCCUGACAUCCGAUUACGCCAUGCAAAACGUCGCCCUGCGCAUCAAUCUGAAUCUGGUUGCGCCCUCGCUGUCGCGCAUCACAUAUCUGAAGACGUGGGUGCUGCGCUGCCAUGGCUGCUUCAACAUCACCAAGGACAUGGACAAGCAGUUCUGCCCCAAGUGCGGCCAGAACACGCUCACGAGGACCAGCUGCUCGACAGAUCAGCACGGAAACUUCAAGAUCCACCUGAAGCAGAACUUCCAGUGGAACAACCGCGGCAAUGUGUUUAGCGUGCCUAAGCCGGUUCAUGGCAGUGCGAAUGGAAGAUUGCCCAAGCAUGUUGGUGGGAAGAAUGGCUGGGGCAGAGACUUGAUCCUCGCAGAGGACCAGAAGGAGCACGUCAAGGCGCUGGAUGAGCAGCGGAGACAGAGGAAGAAGGAUUUGAUGGAUGAUGACUAUCUGCCUGGUCUUCUGACAGGCCAUAGGUCUGGUGGUGGUAGCAAAGUCAAGGUUGGUGCGGGACGAGCGGUAAACUCUAGGCGGAAGAGAUAA